UUCCACAGUCACAAACAUAAAAACAAAAUAUUGGUAAAUUCUAAAAAGAUUAAAACUUAACUGUCCUAAAAUGAGUACGGCACGUUUCGCGCGUUCCGGACGCGUUCGAAUCUGUAUACUGAUGAGCAUGUUUAUUGUGCUCAUAAUGAUGAUAGUCAUUUACCACAUGUCCCAGCAGCAACUAGAUGAGACUCGAGCCUUUCGCAUACGUUGCGAACAAAACCAGGAGGGAUUAAACAUGCAGUUGCAAUCGCUUACGGACGACAAGCUAUCGGCCGAGAAAAAGGUAGAAGUGAUGCACGGCGAAAAGCAGCGAAUGCAAGAAGACUACGAAAAGCAACAGGCAGAGGAGCGUACAUUGAAGAAGAAAUAUGAUGAACAAAUUGGCAAAUAUAAGGUGCUCGAUGCCAAGCACAAUGACUUGCAAGCUGAAUAUGCCAAGAACAAGAAGCAGCACAUGGAAGAUCGGAAUUCGCUAUUAUUGCAGGUGCAACAGUUGCAGCAGGAUAAGAAACUACAUGACACAACUGACUGGAAGAUUAAGUACGAGACUUUGCUCCGGGAAUCAGAGCAUAAGACGCAGACUUUAGAAGCUGCACUCAAUGAAUUCAGGGCCCACUGUAGCUAUAUGCUACAGGGCCAACAGCUGAAUAAGCCAUCUGAUUUACUGACGCCCGACACAACGCCCGCACGUCGUUCCAGCCCUGGCCAGCUGGCCCACAGCAUCGAGAAGCCACGCAACGAUAAGUCAUUCAACGAACAAGUGCAAGUGAGUCAUGGGCUGUACAAAAUUGGCGUUGCCAAGCCGAGCCAAUCAACUAACUCAACAACUAAACCUCAUGGUGGCGGUGUGGAGCAGCAUAUGGAACUGCAACUGCAACCUUUGCAACACUUUGAUGUGCACAACAAUCACAGUCUCAUACUUAAUUCUGUUGAAAAUUUUCAGAUUGUGCCCAAAUCCGUUAAAACGUUAGCGGAUGACACUGAUAAGCAACAGCAGCAAGAGCAUCCCAUUGAAGCAGCUGCUGCCGCUGCCAAUGCGCUGGUUUCGCCUCUUAGUGCACCACGCAAGUCCAGCUCAAGUACACCAAAUGUUGAGCCCGCACCAAAUGCCUCAGUGGCAUCCAAGAUUGCCAGCAGCAGUAGUAGCACCGGUCAACCUCCAAUAGCCAUACCACCAGCCAAGCCAUCCACUGAGGUAAAGAUGGAGCGUAAGCUGCCCGAGAAUGUAGCUCCCAUUCCAGAUAAUUUUGAUGGCAAAGGCGAGUUGGCAGCUGACGCAGAUACGGCUGCUGAAGAGCUACCCAAAAACGAGAACAACAAUCGGUAUUCCAAUGUGGUGAACGAUUUGGAAUCGAAUAAAAACCAAGGAGGACUUGAUUCUGGUGCCCAUGAAGUUAAAGAUGCUUUAAACGAAAAGAACUUUAAUUUGCCCGGUGCAAACUCGAAUUUAUUUGAUGCCGAAGUGAACGCGGGUCAUGCACAAGAAGCAGACAAUAAGCUACUGGCUGCCGAUAUAGCCGCAGUUGGUGGUGGUGGUGGUGUUGGUGGUGGUGAUGAUGAUGAUGAUGACGACGUUAUGCUGGGAGAUGUUGCUGUCAAACAGCAUAUGCUCGAUGGCGAUAAUUUGAAUAAUGAAAUUGCUGCUGAUCAGGGCAAGGAAUUAGCCGAUGCAGUGCAUGUAGAAGAUAACAUGGAUGAAGAUCAAGAUGAGGAUGACUAUAAUGUACGCCACAAGCCGGGCGCUGAUGCGGCCGUUAGAAAUUAAAAGAUUCACUUAAAUGCAAUAAUCCAUUCAUCACAUUAGUAUUUUGUCACUGCAUCUCUCCUGGCACACUUUCUUAGCUCUAUUGGAUAACGAAAAGAAAAACCAGCCACUUUAGUUUAUAAGGUCCAAGCAUUAGAUUUUUACUAGUAUAAUUUCCAUACAAGUUUUGCAUCAUCUAAUGAAAACUCAAAUAUUUGUAGAAACAAAUUGUCGGCAAACUUUUAGGCCAAAGCCAACUGCAAUAUUUAACGGGAAUUGCUAAAUAUUUAUUACUUGAGACUUAAUUAAUUCUUCGUUCGUAAUAGAAUUUUUAUCAGUUAUGAAACGUUUUUAGUUUCAAUGAUUUAUAAAAGUAUCGUUUAAAAUGAUUAACUUAACCAGGCUUAUGAGAUACAUAAAUAUUUAUGUAGAACUGUUAUUAUUAAUAUUUAUUGUCAAAUAAAUAUUUAACUCUCAAAGCGUUAAUUACACUGAAUGAUAUUAAUAAACAUUUGUUUAUUUAAGAAUUGCAGUUGGCUUUUAAAGGCUCAGCUCUCGUGGUUUUCACAUUUCUUGAAGUUUGUAAGUAUAUACUUUGUUUUCUGUGAUAAAAACUUGCUAAGCUGCAUUUUUUCGUUGCUUUAAACAACAGUGCUUAUACUCAUUUAUAUAUGUACGUACAAGUAUACGAUAAGUCAACACCCUGCGCUAGUUGUUUAGUUAGCUCGUAAGAAAAUAUUGGAUCGAACAAAACGUGUCUAGAACACUAAAACUUUAUUUGAAGCAUAAUAAAUUGAAUUGCAUAAAUGU